AUGAAUACCAAUAAUUAACAGCGAUCCUCGCAAGCCAGAGGAUAGUCUUCAAAUCAUGGAAACGCCUCUCAGAGUCCCAUAGGAAAUACUGCUUCUUAUUAACAAACUAAUUUUGGACCUGGACCUUAAGGCAAUUAGAUGGGUGGGUUCCAAUAACAGAACAAUCUAUUAUUUUCUUCGAUGCCAGAUAACAGAUUUAUUAGAGAGGCUUAUGCUAAUUAGUAAAACUAAAUGAAUCCAUAAUAUUCUCAGACUCCUAACGGAUAGUAACCACAAUCUAUGAUUAAUAAUGCCUUGAAACAGCAAGUCCAAUAGCAAUAAUAAUCCAAUAAUGGUGGCUAAUUCUCUCAGCAAUAGCAAUAAAACUAUAUCUAGCAGAUGCUGUAAACAAGAAUGAAGCAAUAGUAAUAAUAGCAAUAGUAGUAGUAACAGUAAAACCCAAUGAACGAGGCCUAAUAACUCUACACUUAAGCACCCAUGUAAUAAAAUAACCCUUCUACUGGCUAAUCAUUUAACAAUAGCUUAGGCAAUUAGUCACAAUAGCUAAGUCUAAGAUCAUCGAUGCAACAAUAGUAAAACAUCUAAGGAGGUCUUCCACCACUUUCCCAGACAAGCAGCUAUUCAUAGUAAUACACUGGAGGUAAUGGGGGCAUGGGAAACUCUUCCAAUGACAAUUUCAAGGUAGUGAUUCGUGUGAGACCACCCUUAGCUAGAGAAAAGACUGAUGGGUGUGAGUUUAGAAGUAUUGUGCAAGUAACUCCUGAAAAUAAGUCUUGUUCAAUUAUGGAAUAUCUUGGUGCAGAAGUCAAUGAGCAUGAAAGGCAAAAGGACAUUGACCAGAAUCCACAUUUAUGUGUUUGGUAGCACUACAGCUUUGAUCAUGUUUAUGAUGAGACCUCUACUCAAGAGUAUGUCUAUGAAAACACAGCUAAGCAAGCAGUGAUAUCAGUGCUAGAGGGCUAUAAUGCAACCAUCCUAGCUUAUGGUUAGACUGGUACAGGUAAAACAUACACUAUGGAAGGCUUUAAGUAUUCCGCAGGAGAUCCCUAAAGAGGUAUCGUGCCAAGAUCUAUGGAAGAGAUAUUCAGAUUCAUCUAGAUGCAGUCUUCUCAGAAUACCACUUUCAUGGUCAGAGCUUCUUACUUGCAGAUCUAUAAUGAAGUGAUCAGUGAUCUACUGAAGAUAGACAGAACUUCAUUGCAAAUUCGUGAGGACAAGAAGAAGGGAGUGUUUGUGGAGGGACUUUCAGAAUGGGCAGUCAGAUCACCCAAUGAGAUUUACAGCUUGAUGCAAAAGGGUGCUUUGAGCAGAGCCACUGCCACAACAAAGAUGAAUGACUUGAGUUCUCGCUCACAUGCAGUCUUCAUUAUAAUAGUGGAGCAGAUGACUUCAAUAGAUGAUAUGGACAUAAACAGCAAUAACGAAGAUGAUGCACCCAAAUAGAUCAAGGUUGGUAAACUUAACUUAGUUGAUCUAGCUGGCUCUGAAAGAGUCAGAGUAACUGGAGCUACCGGUAAGCGUCUUGAAGAAUCUAAGAAGAUUAAUUAGUCACUAUCAUGUCUAGGUAAUGUCAUUGCAGCAUUAACAGACUAAAAGCCAAGACAGCACAUUCCUUACAGAGACUCUAAGUUGACUCGUCUGCUUGAAGACUCCCUUGGAGGUAACUGCAAGACCACUAUGAUGGCUAUGGUUUCCCCCUCCAGUGAUGCUUUUGGUGAGUCCCUGUCAACUCUAAAGUUUGCAACUAGAGCUAAAAAGAUCAAGAACGAGGCAAGAAUCAAUGAGGAUGUAGAUCAAAGAGCUCUCCUCAGAAAAUAUGAAAUUGAGCUCAAGAGAUUGAAAUGGGAGUUAGAAGAGAAAAAUAAAACUCAAGUUGACAAUAGACAGUUGAGUUAGCUCGAGCUUGAGAAGAAGAGAGCUGAAGAGGAGAAGACUGCAGCCAUCAGUGCCCUUGAAAUGAGAUCCAAAGAGUAUAUGUAGGAGAAGGAGGAGAAGAAGAGACUUGAAGAGAAGAUUAAAAUGAUGAAUUCAUAGAUGCUCAUUGGUGGUAAGAUGAUAGAAGAUACUCCAUAGUUUAGAACAGCACUUGAAGCCAAGUAAAAACUAAUCCGUUAAGAAUAUGAGCUUAAACUUCAAGAAAUCGAGAAGGAGCGCAACUUGAUUGAAGAGGACAAGGCUUAAGCAGAUAAAUUAAAGCAACUUCUUAUAAAAUAGAGAGACAUUAUGAUUGCACUCACUAGUAGACUUAAUGAAAGAGAUGAAACUAUUAUCCAACUUCAAGAAGAGUUGGAUGCGUAUGAUAGAAUACAUAAAGAAACUGAGCAGAUUAUUGAAAUGAAGUAGAUGCGAGUGUAGCAGUUGGAUGAAUUUAUCAGGGAUUAGUGCGGGCAAGAGCCACCUGUAAGUCAGUACUCAGAUGAUCCAUUUUUCUUUAACAUGAAUGUUUUCAAUGAAAACAGGCAAGGAAGUAAUGGAAGUGCAGCUGGGUUCUCCAAUCAAAAUGAUAGGAAAUAUCUUCCUUUCAAUCAAUCUGAGAAUGAUAACAUGAUCUCUGCCAAAUUGAUGACUGCAGAUGAGAAAGUAAUGGAGCUAAGCCAUUUAGUAGAGCAGUAAAAUCAUGAAAAUAUGUAGCUGAGACUGCAAUUGGACUAAGUGGGUUAAGAUAAAAUAACAUUUGUCAGAGAGAAAAUAGAUGAACUAGUGCAUAAAGAAGUUCAACUUAAAUUGAAUAAUAUACAAGACUAGUUGCCAAAGAGACUAAUUUAAGUUGCAAUGAAUGAAAUGACUUAAAACUAGAAUGAUCCUUAUAAGCUUCCAUUUGUGGCUUAAAAAUUAGCUGAAGUCAAUAACCUAGUUGCGAGCUUGCAAAAACAUCUAUAAGCUUCUUAAUAAGCAGUAUUAGCUGUGAAAACCAACACUUCAAGUACUUAAAAUCCACAGCCUAGGUACUCUAGUGUCAGUUCUCAUUCAAACACAUCUAAUCUGACUUAGAACGAGAAUCAAAUCCCCCUAUAGUUGCAUUAGCAGUAGAGACAACUCAUCAAAUCUUCAUCACAGCAAGCGUCACCUAAUCAAUAAUAGUAAUAGCAACAAUAACAGAAUAGCUCAAAUAAUAAUGGUCUUCAAAACCAAUUACCCUUUAAUCCUAAUGUAUACAACCAGAGAGUAGGUUAGCAAUCCUCAACACCCAGAGGCUCAAGUCUAGGUGCUCCCUAGUAGUAGCAAUAAUAGUAAUAGCAGCAAUAACCUCAAUUCUAAAAUCAGCAAUAGAUGCAGUAAUAUCAAUAAUAGUUACAAAUGCAGCAAUAGUUCUAAUAAUAGAACUAAUAGUAGCAGCAUUUGCCACCCAGACAUUUGCCGAAUAGUAGUGGUGGAAGCAUCUAGCAGUUGAUUCAAGAAAAGCAGCAAUCAAACGUGCCAGUAAGUGUGACUGAGAUGCUUAGAAGAAGAUAGGAAGGUAGAGGCAAAAAUAAAACAAUGAAUUCAAAGAGUCCCCCAUCCCGAGAAGCUUAAGCCGACAGGCAGAUUAAUGAUCAUUAGCCUUCUGAGUAAGGUCACUACUUAGAGUUCACUGUUGAAGUUAAACCCAAAUGCAAAGCCUUUUCUAACAGAGUGUCAAUCGGAAAGGACCUAGACCAAGUCAAUAUAACUUAGGCUAAUCAAUCACAAAUUUAAGAUAAUUUUGUGUUCAACUCUGAUCAAAUAAACUCCUUAGUAAUGCGAAAUCCAAUAAACCUUUAAUUAGACUUCAACAAGUCCACUCUGUACAAUACUAAUACUAACACCAACGUGAACUGUUAUAACAACUAAUCAGCAGGAAAGCCUAUACUCAACUCCAACCAAAAAGAGGUGGUAAGUGCUUCAACCAACACUUCGAGCAAAUAUGUUGGAUAUCAUCAUCAGGGCAGCUAGAGUUCUAACGUCAAAGACUCAUUUAGGCAAAGCGGAACAGACUCUCAAAGGGAAAAAGGCAAAAUUUUAUAUAAAUCGCCCAAAAAACAGCAAUACAAUACCUAAGUUGUUACGACUUAGCGGAGUCAUACAAAUCAUGAUGAUAGCAGAGAGAGCAUUUAUAAGCACAAAAUGACUGUGAUAAUUUAGCAGAAUAAACAAAAAAUAGAACUUUAAUAGAAGUAGCAUUUUGAACAACAGUAGCAAAUGAUGGCUUAGCAGUAACAUAUGAAUCAGCUUAAAAAGGACAGGAACUAGAUGCUGGUAUAUUACCUUAAGAAUGCUAGUAAAAUAUUCAAUGAGCAUAAGAAGGUCGACUAAAACAGCAAUAGCAACAGACAACAGCAAUAGUAGAUGUUCAACAAUAAAUAAAUAGCAAUAAACAGCAAUAACAAUAAUAAUAAGAUUAUUCAUUAAAAUCCUAAUAAUCACCACCAUAAUCAGAGCAUAGUAUAGUAGCUGCCUGCAUUCAGUUUGAAUAACUCAAAGGAGAAUAUAAUUGAAGAUAGGCAGCAAUCAAGAUCUGGCUACUAGCACUAAAGUCUAGCAGCUCAACAGAAAGCCAGAAGACUUGUUGGGAGUCGUGAAUCUACAACUACCAAUAAUCAGCAGUAAUAGUUGUUGAAAGAUUAGAUAUCUACUUAAUCCUCAUAUAAAAACAGAACUAGAUAUUUCAGAUAGAAUUUACUUAGCAAUGGAGCUGUGGGCUUGAAUUAUACUCAAUUUCCUUCUUAAUACACGACCUAGAAUUCUUCUAAAUAGUCUAAGUCACAGCUCUUAACUCCAGAUAAAUAACAAAAUUAGAAGUUCAUUCAAGAUUUCAACUUUGACAAUCGCAAACUUCUCAUUGAAAACAUUAAAAGGAUGUUUGAUCUUUCUCAAAAACAAAGAGAACUCUCAGCAAAGUCCUCUGAUUUGGCUUUAAAUGGCUAUAAAACCAAGGUUAAUUCAAACAAUGCCAAUGGUGUUAAUGGCACCUAUUGUCAAGAUCCUAGAUAUAGUACAGUCUUGAAUUCAUCGCAAGGUCAUACUUUGUAAACUAUUUACAAUGGCAGAGGAGAGAUUACUGGCACAGCAGUAGGUCAUAGAGCUUAAAGUGUAAAUAACUGGUAAAGUAGUGGAUAAAGCGUGUCAAUCAGAGGAAAUCACCAUCACUCUCAGCAUAAUCAUAAUCAAUAACAUUAAAAAUACAAUAGCCAUGCUAACUCCUAAUUAAAUGCCAACUAUCAUAGGGUGAUGAGCAGUGAAAAUAGUUAGGAACGUAAGACAAUUUUCCAGAAUGUUUAGCAAAAUAAUAGCAAUAACCUGACUUAGAAUAAUAUUCUAACAUCAAUCACAACUACUAUUGAUAACAGGGCAAGUAAUAGAGGAGAUAAGAGUAACUAAGAGAACGUCUAUGGCAUUAAUGACAGCUUUAGAAGUAAAAAUAAGAUUUAGGAUGACCUGUCCUCUUAAUUUUCAGGCGAUACCAGAGAUCCUUCAAAACUCCAUGCAAGAGUCAUAAGUGAUGUUGCCAAGAUUCUUUAAAAGGACAAUACCAUCAUAUUCAACAACAUAAUCUAAAAAUAAUAGAAUCAUCAGUAAGGGAAACUCUCACAACCACAGAGACACAGAAUCAUCAGAAAAAUGCAAUAAAAAACAAACAACUUGAAGCAUGCUAUACUGGGUGCAUCAAAUGCAGCUAAGGAUCUUGGUUUCCCAGGAAACUUUAAUUCUCAUUUCAAUAGGAUAUAAAAAGGUGUGCUAUAGCACAGUUCUUUCCAUAUGGAGGAGAGAAGCAUCGAGGAGUAAGUGCUAGAAGUUCCACACACUGUGGGAUUCAGGAGCAUAAAAAGACCUCUCUAAGGGAAUAAGAAGCUCUUCCCAGAUGUCUUACAACCUAUCAAUCUUAACAAACUAACUGAUAAGUAUUUUUAUUAAGCCAAUAUUGGUGAUGAUAGUAGUUUGAACUGUUAAUUAUAAGUAGUAAAAGUAAAGUGA